AUGAGUGAAUGUUUGAAAUAUCAAAAGCCUGAUAAAUAUUGCAUGAAAUAUGCAAUUAUUUCAUACAACAUUGAUUUUAAUACAUUCUUGAUGAAUGAAUACAAUAUUAAGAUCGAUUUAGAAUAUUGCGGAAUUCAUAACAAUCUUGAUUCCUUUUUAGUUUAUUAUGAUCAAACGAAUGAUAUUGAUAGAUGCUUUAUUUAUUCUACGGUAUUCGAUAUAUCAUCAAUUUGUGAAUAUUUCCUAUUACAUGGUGCAAAUAUUUGUGAAAAAUAUAACAAAGUAGAAAUGCUCUUCAUUUUACAGCGAAAAAUCACUGUAUGGAAAUUGUCAAACUUCUCAUUUCUCAUGGUGCAAAUAUCAAUUUGCAGGAAAAAAUCAAAAUAA